UUUGCGAUCUAUGCGUACUUAGAGAUGGAACUUUUAUAACUGAAAAUCCGGAUAAUCCAAAUAUGACAAAUUAUUCGGAUAAAAUAUUGAUUUCAGUUAAUUACCGUAAAUCGAAUUAUCCGGCUAUCCUUACUACAGCAUAUUAUCAUGCCAUUGGCUGA